AUGUCAAAAGUUGUACAAGUUGAUUUGGAGUUGAAAAAAGCUUUUCAAGAGCUUCAAGCGAAAAUGAUCGAAACGAAACAAAAAAUUAAAAUGGCUGAUAUUCAAAUUGAGCAAUUGAAUCAUACAAAAGCACAUUCAAAGCUAACACAAACAGAAAUAUUAAAAUUAAAACCUAAUAAUAAAAUGUAUGAAGGAAUAGGAAGAAUGUUUGUAUUUACAGACAAAGACACAAUUAAUCAACAUGUUCAAGAAAGGUACGACAAAGCAGACGAAAAAAUUAAAACAUUAGAAAAUUCUAAAUCGUAUUUAGAAAGAAGUUUAAAAGAUAGCGAAAAUAAUUUAAGAGAAAUGAUUCAACAAAGGAAAGACAAAGGCGAAUUGUAA